UUUUGAAGUAGUAAGAUCUUGUGAACAAGCUUUGUUACUCACACUGGAUUCCCAUAUCAGUAAAUAGAGAGUAAAGUAGCUCCACCUUGAAAAGUUUUGUUCCAAAAAGUGAUGAGGAAGUGUUUUUAAGCAUUGGACGCAGAGGGCAAAAGAUACCAGUUUCGCUUUUUCUUUGCCUGGAAAAUGGAGGAGAGCACAACUUCAUUGUUGGAGAGGGAAGUGGAGUACUAUGAAAACUGCCCAGGUUGUAAGACGGAUCGUCUCAAACAAGAACAAACAGGGGUCCCUUACAAGCACUUGUCUUUUAUCUGGAUUGUCUCUCUCUGUACUGCUUUGCCAAUAUCAUCACUAUUCCCUUUUGUUUACUUUAUGAUCAGAGACUUUCACAUUGCAAAAAGAGAGGAAGACAUUGGUUUUUAUGCAGGAUUUGUUGGAUCUUCCUUUAUGGUUGGAAGGGCUUUGACAUCUCUUUUCUGGGGAGUGGUGGCUGAUCGAUAUGGUCGUAAACCUAUAAUUUUGAUGGGGAUAUUUUCAGUGGUUGUAUUCAACACUCUUUUUGGCCUUAGCACGAGCUUCUGGAUGGCACUGUCCAUGAGAUUUCUUCUUGGGUGCUUCAAUAGUCUGCUUGGCACAAUAAGGGCAUACGCUUCUGAAGUGUGUAGAGAAGAGUAUCGGGCUUUGGCACUUUCAGUUGUUAGUACGUCACGAGGCAUAGGACUGAUUAUUGGCCCUGCCAUUGGAGGUUUCUUUGCACAGCCUGCAGAGAAAUAUCCAAACGUAUUCACUGAGAGCUCCAUUUUUGGGAGAUUUCCCUACUUCUUACCAUGCCUGAUAAUAUCAGUUUAUUCUGUUGGAGUUCUUAUUGCCUGUAGAUGGCUUCCUGAGACGUUACACAGGCAUGGUGGAAAGGGAAAUCAAAAACAUGAUCCAUAUGAUAUGUCAGAACCUUGUUUAAAUGAAUCUGGUCGGAAGAACAACAUCGUAGAACUUGAAGAGAGACAGACUCAUAAGCUAAAUCUCUUAAAAAAUUGGCCACUAAUGUCUACAAUCAUUGUAUACUGUGUUUUCUCACUUCAAGAGAUGGCUUACUCUGAAAUAUUUUCACUUUGGGCAGUUAGUGAUAAAAAAUAUGGAGGAUUGAGCUUUUCAUCUCAAGAAGUUGGUGAAGUUCUUGCUAUCUCUGGAUUUGGUCUUUUACUGUUUCAACUUUUGUUAUACCCACCAGUAGAGAAAAUCCUUGGGCCACUUAUGGUUACACGCCUUUCAGCGGCAAUAUCAAUUCCAUUGCUGUCAUGUUAUCCCUAUAUAGCUAUGCUUUCGGGGGUUGUUCUACAUUUGGUGAUAAACUGUGCAUCCAUUUUAAGGAAUACUCUAUCUGUUUCUCUUGUUACUGGAUUAUUCAUAUUGCAGAACAAUGCAGUGCCUCGAAGUCAGAGGGGAGCUGCUAAUGGCAUUUCCAUAACAGCAAUGUCUGUUUUCAAAGCAUUCGGUCCGGCAGGAGGAGGAGCCCUUUUUUCUUGGGCACAAAAGCGACAAGUCACCAAUUUUCUCCCAGGUGAUCAAAUGGUUUUCUUCGUGCUAAACCUGGUUCAAGUUGUUGGAUUGAUGCUGACUUUCAAGCCAUUUCUUACUGAACCCCGUUCAUAACAAGUGAAUCACACAAACAUGACCAGUGUCAUUCUUGUACGGAACCCAGCUUCUUUCUUUUAAGUGACAUUAUCAAGCUUCAUUUGACAUAAGAGAGAACAAGAAUUUGUACUCUUUAUCUGCUGAGGCAUGCUUUUACUUUCUUCA